AUGGUUGUCACUAAACCUAUACAUUCUGAACAAUCGGUUAAAAAACGGAAAAGAAUCACAAGAAAUAGAGUCAUUAAAUCCUGUAGAAGUUGCUAUAAGUAUAAAUUAAAGUGCGAUAAAGCUACUCCUUGUCGUGCUUGUGUUUCCAGAGGCACUGUGGACCAAUGUGAAUAUGGAUUUAGUAAAGCUUUGGAAAAUCCAGUGUAUAAUUUGGAUUCAUCAGCGUUAAUAAAUUCAGAUAAAAGAUAUUCAAAUAAAAUUGAUGGUAAUAUUAUUAAUAAUGAAUGUUACCAUUCGGGCAAUAAUGUAUCUAAAGCUACUUCUUUUUUCUCUAAAAGGAUUCAUUUUGAUAAUUCAAAAAUAUGGAAAGUUAGUGAAGAUGAUUCAGUAUACAAGUCAAAAUAUUUUUACCCAUUUUUUACUAAUUCGAUUAAUGACAAAUUUCUGUCUUCUGAAGCUUAUGGAAGAGUAAUAUUAUCCGAUGAAAACUUCAUUAGAAAUGAAAUAACUAAAUUCAAUAGGUUUUGUUUUCAUUCUUUAACUAAUCCCAAUGAAGUGUUAGACCUAUUUCCAACAACACCUGUGAUGGCAAGAACUCAAAUCGAAAUAUUUUUGAAUGGGUUUAUCCAAUUAUUCCAGUAA